UUUCCUCUCCGCCCUCCAGUCACACUCACAUUUCCACCGAAUGGCGAAAAUAUCCGAAAGACGGCUAAAAACGGGAGGACGAAAAACUCAGACUUGAACAAAAGAGGAACCCCCGUGCUGCUAAAAUAAAGAAAAGUGCAGGUGAAAGCAGGCGACGGCUCAGCCGGGAGUGUUUUCAUCGGGAUUCACUUCUGUCGCUCAAAGAGGAAACAGCGAGGACUUCAACCUUCCUGCGACCAAAACACUGCAAACACAUGUAAAACAUCUGCAAACAGCUGGAAACCAGGCUGCUCCGCUCCGCCGGACCCGCGGACACCUCGGUGGCAACCCUAGGCCGGGAUCGCAGGCCCUGCGCGUGAAGAGUCGCCGGUUGGAGUCCCGGGGGUUUGAUGCCAGCAGGAUCAGGAUGGGCAACAGCAACAGCGACAGGUCCGGCGGGGAGAGGGCGUUCAGGGACGCGGCGCCGGGGGGGAAGGACGCCCGGCCCAACAUCAUGCUGGACAGCACGGACGACGCAGACUUGUUCCAGAGAGGAGACGCCAAGGCUCCACAGGAAAUACAGGAAUUUCUUGCAUGGCAGCAAGACCUGGACUGUGACGCUAAAAGUCCAACGCAGGCCAGACCGACCGUGUUCAGGUGGACGGGGGUCGCCAAAGAAGUCUACGUGUCCGGCUCCUUCAACAACUGGGCCACCAAGAUCCCUCUCAACAGAAGUAAGCAGAACUUUGUGGCCAUCAUGGAUCUGCCCGAGGGAGAGCACCAGUACAAGUUUUGCGUAGAUGGACAGUGGACUUUGGAUCCAACUGGGCCCGUAACCACGACCAAAACUGGAACAGUCAACAACAUCUUGCAGGUGAAAAGAACUGACUUUGAGGUUUUUGACGCCCUCAGGAUCGACUCGGAGGACUCAGCAGAUGUUUACGAUCUAUCCAGUUCCCCGCCGGGGCCCUACCAGCAGGAAGCUUAUGCAAUCAAGCCAGACGACAAGAUCAAACAGCCUCCCAUCUUACCGCCACACCUUCUCCAAGUGCUGCUCAACAAAGACACCGGCAUCUCUUGUGACCCGACGCUGCUGCCAGAGCCAAACCAUGUCAUGCUCAAUCAUCUGUACGCCCUCUCCAUCAAGGACGGGGUGAUGGUUCUCAGCGCGACGCACCGCUACAAAAAGAAGUAUGUGACCACGCUACUGUACAAGCCCAUAUAACCCAAAGAAGCACAAUCUAGACUCUUGUUUUGAAAUAAUAACACAUGUAUUAUUCUACACGGCUGCUAUUUGUUCUGUUUUUUUGAAGAAGGACUUAAAUCUGCUCCUGAAAUCGGAGUCAAAUGUCACCAAAGUCUCAAGUUUGUUUUGAUCCACUCUGAUUGUGCUGAGAUUACUUUAGUUCAACGUACGUAGUAAUGUUUUUCAUGUUAGGGGAAAAAUUAUCUUAAUGAUCCAAAUCAAACAAAAUCCCAUUGGAUGUUUUUUAAUUGUUUUUAUUUUAUGAUCACUUGACCAAGAUUUACUCGGCUUACUUUAUAAAUAAUGUUUCUUUUCUGUAACUACAAGUAGCUUUUUGUCUAAAUUGAACUAACCAGUUGAACCAAGUCUAAUAUACUUUUUAUAACCUUAACUUCACCAUUCCUUUCUGUCUUUGAAAAUAGAAAUGUCUUCUUUUUUUUGAAUGUUUAAACCACCUCACUUGAUCAAGGUAGCUAAAUGAGUUUCCAUGUGCAGUACGUCUGUGGUGAAGGGCGAGUAAAGAUAAAAAAGGGGGGAGACAUUUACUUCUCCCCCUGGUUGUGUGAACAGGGUCAAAGCCCAAAGAUGUGGUUUUAGGUAUUUGUGCAAAGCUGCUCGAAGCCUCAACUGCUGUAUAAAGUAUCUCUACAUUUGUGCCAACAAACACAAGGAAGCUGAGACGCUGGAGAUGAACCGUAAAGCCUUGCUUUGCAAGUAUAAACUCAAACUUCCUUUACGCCAUAUUUCAUAAACCAAAAGGUCAUUAAAGUACAAAAGAUUGUUGUAAUUUAA